UCACUGGCGGUAAACAACUAGAGUCAACAUGGCGGCCUCCGUGAGGAAAGCAGCUCACGACAUAGAAACGCGAAAGCGGACCGAUGAUGUGCUUUUAUCGGAGGGAAUAGACUUCAGCUCUCUGCUGCUUUCUCAGCCCGUGUUGGACGGACUGUCCUCCGCAGGCUUCCAGAAACCCUCCCCGAUUCAGCUCAAGGCGAUCCCACUGGGCCGCUGCGGACUCGAUUUGAUUGUACAGGCCAAGUCUGGCACAGGAAAGACGUGCGUGUUCUGCACCAUUGCCCUGGACUCCCUUGUCCUGGAAAAUCCUGCGACUCAGGUUCUUGUCCUGGCUCCUACUCGUGAGAUAGCGGUGCAGAUUCACUCAGUGGUGAUGGCUAUAGGAUGUGCCGUGGAGGGUCUCGAGUGCCAUGUAUUCAUCGGGGGCAGGCCUGUGAGUCAGGACAAAACUCAUCUGAAGAAGUGCCAUAUAGCUGUGGGCUCGCCCGGUCGUAUCAAACAGCUCAUCGAGCUGGGCAUGUUGUCCACUGCCAGCAUCAGACUAUUCGUUCUAGAUGAGGCAGACAAGCUGCUGGAGGAAGGCAGCUUUCAGGAACAGAUAAACUGGAUAUUUUCCUCUCUACCUGUGAACAAACAGAUGCUCGCUCUUUCUGCCACCUACCCAGAAUCCCUUGCUCAGCACCUGACCCGCUACAUGAGAGAGCCCACUUUUGUCAGACUCAAUCCCAGUGAUAUGGGCCUUAAAGGCCUGAAGCAGUACUACAAGCUGGUGCAGUCGCAACCUUUACCUCACAUGGUUUUUCAGGAGAAGGUGCAACAUUUGCUGGAGCUUUUCAGCAAAAUCCCAUUCAACCAGGCGCUGGUGUUUUCCAAUCUACACACAAGGGCUCAGCACUUAGCAGACAUCCUGUCCUCCAAAGGCCUACCUGCUGUUUGUAUCUCAGGUGGUCUGACUCAGGACCAGAGACUGGAGGCCAUGUCAAAACUGAAGCAGUACCAGUGCAGGGUGCUCAUCUCCACUGACCUGACCUCCAGAGGUAUAGAUGCAGAGAAAGUAAACCUGGUGAUUAAUCUGGACGUGCCGCAGGACUGGGAGACGUAUAUGCAUCGAAUUGGACGUGCUGGGCGCUUUGGCACUCAAGGGCUGGCUGUGACCUACUGUUGCCAUGGUGAGGAGGAGAACAAGAUGAUGGCCAUCGCUCAGAAGUGUGGCCUGACCUUGUCUAUGUUGCCAUCCACUAUAGAGCCUAGUUUGAUGGACGAGUCAUGUGAUUGGGAUGUCUGCACCGAGGCUUCUACUCCAGGCCUGUUACCCGUGCCCUCCUCCAGGACAGAGAAGAAGAAGCGUGCCAAGCAAGUCACUGAUGAAUCUGUGGAGCACAGCAUUCAAAGGAAACCAGAGAAAACCCAUCCAGCACCCAGACUGGGAGCACACCGUGAAGAGAAUACUAGAAGAGCUUCUCCUGCAGAAGUCACUCUCCCACAACCCCCUCCUCGGGUGGUGCCCACUCGAAAAGAGCAACAGGAUGCUCUGCCGAAGAUCCCUCCUCUCAGCUCCUUCAAGAAAUGUAGGUCAAGGUUCAUGACCCUGGAGGAAGCUGAUCUGGACUUCCACAGUUUUAUUACCACAGGGUUGGGUAGAUCAGUGGAGGUCAUCAGGGAUUUCACAGGUGGAGAGGAUGGUGAUGGACAUAGAGAGUCUACCAUCCUAAAUGAUGAUGGAGCUCAACGUUUCAAACAAAAAAGGUGGAAAUCUGAUCUUCCACCUCCAAGGGCAGUUGCCAGUUCUUCAAGCUCGCAAUCUGAGGAAGAUGAUGAGCCGGAUCAGACGGGAGGAAGUGAACACAGAGCAAUCACUGAGCCUCAGAUUGAAGCUAGACACACACCCAGUGUGUCCAAAGCAAAGGCAGAGUCCACUACAUCAUCAUACAUUUCGACACCCAAAACGUAUCCCCAGUCAGCAUCAAAUGCAAGCGCUUGGUCUCAGCCUGAGAACUGUGAAUCUGUACCCAUCGUUAGACCGAGUGGGCAUCACAGGCCAACGGCUCCAACACAGAACGGCAGAAAUCAAUCCAGAAAGGUUACAGAAAAGUCUGCGAAACAGAGCAAAGUGUUUUCAGAGAAGAUGCACAGAGAGCAGAAGAGGGAAAGGGAUGGAGAACAAAACGAUGAUGAAGAUAAUGAGGAAGAGGGCGAGGACUGGAGUGCUGAAGGUUACUGGAGAGCCAGCUACAGAGCCUGGAAUGAUUACUAUGCCUCCAUGUCUCCUUUCCAAGAGCAGGGUUACCAAAGCUACUACAGUGUAGCCCACAACUGGAUGGCAGCUUAUCGUAUGAAUGCUGUCUACACUGAGGAACUCCUAAAAGACUGACAUUUCUAUACUGCUUUUCAGGACAUUUCACUGUGACGUAUCUAGUGGAAAAAUGUGUCUGAAUGUCCCCUGUAACAUAAUUAUUCAAAUGUUUCUUCUUUUCCAACUAGUUGCACUUAAAACUGUUGACUGUUUUUUUUCCUCAAUAAAUCCAUACCGUAAACUGAA